GGAAGGAGGUAGCCCUGGGCACUCGCUGGACUCCAGGGUAGUUUCCCAGCUCCGGCUACUGCGCGGGGCACCCCGAGGGCGCGCUGGAGGGAGGAGCGAGGCUGGGGCGCCCGGGGGAGGCUCCCAGCUAGCACCGGUGUUCUCGGGGCGGCCGAGCACAGUCCCAACGCGCUCGCGCGGCUCUUUACGUGGUCCUGGGACCUUUCUGGCCACGAGGGCGCUGGCCUUGGUGGGGAGGGGACAAGCCCAGAACCGCCCGGGCGGAGGGUGCCCUCAGCAGGAGGGGGGGCACUGACGAGGAGUCCUGAGACCUCCACCUAGCAAACCUUCCGGGGGGGGCCGUGGGAAAGGCGCAAAGGUCACCAACGCAAAGGCAGAGCGUCGGCUGUGAGCCCGGAGGAGCUGCUGGGAAGCCUGGAUGAGCAUCAGAUCCAUGCUGCUGCUGACUCGGAGCCCCACAGCCUGGCACAGGCUCUCUCACCUCAAGCCCCCAGUCCUCCCUGGGACCGUGGGAGGCCAGGCCCUGCAUCUGAGGUCCUGGUUUUUGUCAAGGCAGGGCCCUGCAGAGACAGGUACGCAGGGCCAGCCUCAGGGCCCUGGGCUUCGAACCAGGCUGUUGAUCACAGCCCUGUUUGGAGCUGGACUUGGUGGGGCCUGGCUGGCCCUGAGGGCUGAGAAAGAGAGGCUGCAGCAGCAAAAGCGAAUAGAAGCCCUGCGCCAGGCAGCUGUGGGCCAGGGCGACUUCCACCUGCUGGACCACAAAGGCCAGGCUCGCCGCAAGGCUGACUUCCGGGGCCAGUGGGUGCUGAUGUACUUUGGCUUCACUCACUGCCCUGACAUCUGCCCAGACGAGCUGGAAAAGCUGGUGCAGGUGGUGCGGCAGCUGGAAGCAGAGCCUGGUUUGCCUCCAGUGCAGCCCGUCUUCAUUACUGUGGACCCCGAGCGGGACGACGUGGAAGCCAUGGCCCGCUAUGUCCAGGACUUCCACCCAAGACUGCUGGGUCUGACCGGCUCCACCGAACAGAUUGCCCAGGCUACUCACAGUUACCGUGUGUACUACAGUGCCGGCCCCAAGGAUGAAGACCAGGACUACAUUGUGGACCACUCCAUUACCAUCUACCUGCUCAACCCUGACGGCCUCUUCACCGAUUACUACGGCCGGAGCAGGUCAGCGGAGCAGAUCUCAGACAGUGUGCGGCGGCACAUGGCGACUUUCCGCAGUGUCCUGUCUUGAGCCGCUGCAGCCUGGGCCCCAUCAUUAAACAGGGUGCGUUUAA